UUUAGAGACAGAGAAAUCAAAAAAAAAGUCUUUGAAAAUAACAUUAAACAACGAAAAGGUGUUUAUAAUUCAAUAUAUUAUUCAAUUCAGAUAAAGGAUCUAUUCAUUGAUUGAUUAUAUAUAGAUUUCAAUAGUCUUCUGAUACAUUUAUCACUUUUUAAAGUUUGAAACCAUAGUUAAUUACCAAAAGGAAUAGACACAAUCUUAAUCUAUCCUACCCAAAACUCAUUUUUGCAUUAUAUCAUUCAUUAUCCUUUACUUCCAUCAUAAUUGAUUCAUUUCAUUUAAUUUAAAACCCUCCCAUUCAUACAUUUCGUCAUAGCAUUUUUUUCAUAUCGCUCCCCUCUUCAUAUACAUAAAAGUUCACAAUGUUAUCCAGAUUCAUUACUAAACCAAUAACAUCUACUUUAUCUAGAUCUACUAGAAUUACAUCAAUUAGAAAUUCAGCUAUUAUUUCAGUUCAUAGAGAUACUACUGAAGAUAAUCAAAAUAUGCCAUUUGAAUUUAAUUCUGAAAAUUUAAAAAGAGCUAAAGAAAUCAUUGCUAAAUAUCCUCCUCAAUAUCAAAAGGGAGCUGUUAUGCCAUUAUUAGAUUUAGGUCAACGUCAAUUAGGGUUUACAUCCAUUAGUGUGAUGAAUUAUGUAGCUAAAUUCUUAAAUAUGCCACCAAUGAGAGUUUAUGAAGUUGCUACUUUCUAUACUAUGUAUAAUAGAAAACCAAUGGGGAAAUAUUAUUUACAAGUUUGUACUACUACUCCAUGUCAAUUAUGUGGUAGUGAUGGUGUAUUACAUGCUAUUGAAAAACAUUUAAAUAUAAAACCAGGUCAAACUACUCCUGAUAAAUUAUUUACUUUACAAGAAGUUGAAUGUUUAGGUGCUUGUGUUAAUGCUCCAAUGAUUGGAAUUAAUGAUGAUUAUUAUGAAGAUUUAACUCCUGAAAAAACAGUUGAAUUAUUAAAACAAUUACAAGCUGGUAAAGAAUUAAAAGUUGGACCUGUAAGUGGUAGAGAAAGUUGUGAACCAUUUAGUGGACCAAAAGUUUUAAAGAGUAAAGAACCAACUGAUAUUAGAAAGCUUACUAGAGCUGACCUUUAGGAGGUUUAUUAGUUAUUUAAAUAGAAAUAAAGUUUAAUCACAUUUAAAAAAGAAUCAUUUGUAUAUUAUAUUAUAUAUUCCCAUAGUUAAUUGAAGUGUUGUAGAUAUAUAUCUAUAGUUAAUAUGGUGAACAUUAAAAUCUAAAAGUUCCACACCGCAGUACAUAACAAAACAACAUCCAUACCACAAUACAUAACCACC